UCGGAGACAGGAGGGCGAUGGGGUCCCCCGUCUUGAGCCCGGAUCUAAUAAUGCGUGCGCUUUUUCCCUAGUCGCGAGAGGCUGCGGAAUUGGUAGGAGCUGAAGCUUUUGUCCCCCCAACUGUUCAGGAGAGAGUUGCGGGGUUUGGUGGGUCGGCGAUCCUACUCUUGCUUCCCCCUCCCAACUCCAGCGGGGCCGGGCAGGGGGUUGGGGAGGCGGAUCCGGGAGAGCCAGGACGCCUGGGUUGUCUCCCCAGAGGGAGGGGAGUCUGGAACAGCAGUUUGGACCUGCACCUCUGCCGUCGCGCGCAUAGGGGGAGAGAAUCGCGAUUUUCCAGGUCCAGCUUUUAAGCGAGGGAAGAGAAGUCUAGUGGUUUGAGGUGGAGAGUCGGGAACAGCCUCGGGGGCUCUGCUCGGAGGAGACGCUUGUCGCUAGGAAGUACCGUAAGAGCCUCCGCUUCCAUCCCCGCCAGACUCCAGAAGAGGGAGAAGAACUGGGUGGUCUUGGAGAGCCGAGAGUCUGUUCUAGAUCGGGGGGGGGGGGGAUCCGUUUCAGACCAAGGGCCACAUUCCCUUCGAGACAAUCUUCCCGGGGCCACAUGCAUGUGAUCGGCCUCCAAGUGGGCAGGCACGGUGAAUGCACGGUUUCCUUUUGUGCAGAGGGUUUGGAGUUCAGGGGCAAAUUCCACCCAGGUGGAAACAGAGCAGGACCAGGAUGAGAUGUUGCGCUGGGAGAGUCUCAAGGGCCAGACAGGGUUUGGUCUAUGCUGAGGUGCAGAGUUCGACAGAAAGCUCUGAAGUCUUGAGACUUCCCUGCCAGCUCGCUAAAGCGGCAGAAACUGGUGCUACUCCGAAGGGCUUUGUGGGGAUGAGAAACGGCGUACAGGCUGCAAGGCUCCAUCACCAAGUUCCCCGGGAAUCGUCCGAUGGUGUCUCCUGAGCUGCAAGGGGCAGCCUGACCCUCUCUUCUACCACCUCCUCCCUCAAACGAGCAGCUGGUCAGCUUGCCGGCUCGGCGUUUCGGCAAGUGGGCGGUUUUGGCGGUGCGAGGUGUCUGGUGGGGGCAGCUGUGCUAUGAAUUGGCGUUUAUGGAUUGUCCGCCUUGCCCUGGUCUGCAGCAGCUUCGCUGAAGCAGGUACCCGUGAAGCAGAGCCCCGUGCUGUGAUUGGCCGGACGGGAGAGAGCGCCAUUUUGGGCUGCGACCUACUGAAGCCAGACGAAGCGACUCCUCCCCUCUAUGUUAUUGAGUGGGUGCGUUUUGGCUUCCUCCUCCCCAUCUUUAUCAAAUUCGGCCUAUAUUCCCCACGUGUGGAUCCGGAGUACGUAGGUCGUGUGCGGAUCCAAGAGGGCGCCUCUCUCUGGAUUGAGCAGCUGCGUGCCGAGGACCAGGGCUGGUACGAGUGCCGGGUGCUCUUUCUCGACCGACCCAACAGCGACGACGAGUUCCAAAACGGCACCUGGAUCCACCUCACCGUCAAUUUUCCCCCCACCUUCCAGGAGACCCCGCCAGCUUUCAUAGAAGUGCAAGACCAAAAGUCUCUCACGCUGACCUGCUCUGCAGCGGGAAACCCCCAGCCAGUAGUCACUUGGAAGAGGGACAACCAAGCCAUAGAAGGUGGAGACAAAGUUCAGGUGAAGAAUGGGACCCUUGUCUUUGCCAGUGUGGAGCGGGCCAGCGCUGGGGCCUACACCUGCCACGCCACCAGCGAAGAGGGCGCCAUCACCCACACAACCCGCCUGUUGGUGCAAGGGCCUCCGGUAAUUGUGGUGCCCCCACAGAACGUCACUGUCAACCUUACCCAAGAUGCCUUCUUGGCCUGCCAAGCCGAGGCCUACCCUGCCAACCUCACGUAUAGCUGGUUCCAGGGGAACACAAAUGUUUUUCACCUCAGCCAUCUCCAGUCCCGGAUUCGAGUCUUGGUGGACGGGAGCCUCUUGGUACAGAAAACUGUCCCAGAGGAUUCGGGGCAAUAUACCUGUGUUCCUAGCAAUGGGCUAAGGAGAUCACCUUCUGCCUCAGCGUUCCUCACAGUUCUAUAUCCAGCGCAAGUCAUUGACAUGCCCCCUGAGACUCUCCUGCCAAUAGGGAUGCAAGGCACCAUCAGGUGCCCCAACAAAGCCAAUCCUCCGCUGCUCUUCAUCAACUGGACCAAAGACGGGCAGCCGCUGGAGUUAGGCAAGCUCCCAGGUUGGUCCACAACUCCCGAUGGUGCCAUUGUCAUCGCCACAAGCAACGACAAUGCCGUGGGUCUUUACACAUGCACCCCGUACAACAGCUACGGCAGUGCUGGCUCCUCGGCACCUACGCGCGUUCUCCUGAAGGACCCUCCCGCGUUCAGCCUGCGCCCCAAGGAGGAGUAUUUUCAGGAGGUGGGGCGGGAGCUGCUCAUCCCCUGCACUGCCAGAGGUGAUCCCCUGCCCGUCAUCUCUUGGACAAAGAUGGGCAGCAAGGGCUUAGCCAAUGCCCAGGUAGACAAGAACAACAGCUUGGUCCUGCGCCCACUGACCAAGGAGCAGCAUGGCUUAUGGGAAUGCGCCGCCAACAACGGUGUGGCCCGCAUCAGCACUGCAACCACUGUCUACGUAUUGGGCACCAGCCCCCACACAGUGGCCAACGUCUCGGUGCUGCCUCUCCAACAGGCUGUCAACAUCACCUGGGAGCCAGGCUUUGACGGGGGAUACUUCCAGAGGUUCAGCAUCUGGUAUACGCCGCUGUUGAAACGCUUCAAUCGCCCUCACCACGACUGGGUUUCACUGCCUGUGCCUGUUGGGGCCUCCCACGUCCUGGUGGAGAAUCUGCAACCAGAUACCGGCUACCAGUUCAGCGUUUUGGCCCAGAACAAGCUGGGUAGCGGUCCCUUCAGUGAGAUCGUCACCACCGUGCCACUAGGUUUCCCAACAAACACCAUGCCGCCCAACCCCUCAUCUACGACCUCGCAGAUCUUUCUAUCCCCACCUCAAUCCCUGAUGGCCAACGAGACCACGCGGGGGGUCCUCCUACUGUGGGAGCCCCCAUUCCAAUUCUCUGUGGCUCUAACAGGCUAUACCCUGGAGCUGCGACAAGACCAGGGGGGCUGGGAGGUUCUCGACGGAUCCAUUUCCAGCUCUGAGACGCAGCUCCUGGUGCCUGGGCUAAUCAAGGACGCCUUCUAUGAGUUCCGCCUGGUGGCCUUUGCUGGCAGCUACAUCAGUGACCCCAGCAACACGGUCAAUGUCUCCACAAUAGGCAUGGAGGUGUAUCCCUCCCGCACCCAGCUCCCUGAGCUCCUGCCCCAGCCAGUGUUGGCAGGAGUGAUUGGCGGGGUCUGCUUUCUCAGCACAGCUGUCAUCUUCAGCACAAUGGCGGCUUGCAUCAUGAACCAGAGGCGAGCUGCCCGUCUCCGCAAACGCAGGCAAGAUCCACCAACCGUCUUCUCCCCCAACAAGAAGCUUCUGCCUUCACAAAAUUCUACAGGCACUGCUAGCCCAGACAGCGUUGUGAAGAUGAAAUUCCAGGCCUCCCCGUAUCAGAGCCUUCGCCGCUCCCUGCUGUGGGGGGAGAAAGUCAGCACCAACUUAGGCCUCAACAUCACCAGUGGCAGUGCGAGGAACAGCUCCAGAUACACACUCUACGAGAGCCACGUCGGGGAGCCGCUACCCCUGGAGCGCAUCUGCCGCGGGCCCGACGGCCGCUUUGUGGUGCAGAGCGAAGCACCGCCUCGGGAACGCUUGGCGGCCAUGCUGGAACGCUAUUCCCUGUCCCUGGCUUCUUCGGAGAGCAGCCUGGGCCAGCUGGAGCCUUACCUGCAGGUCUACUCCCCCCCUAGGCCUGAAGAGCCUGUCUGGCAGAAAAGCGUCCCCCUGAGGCCCAAGAGCACCAGCCGGUCCCGCCGCGAAGCCAAGGCCUCCGGCUACCGCCAGGGACGCUACUUCGACUACAGCAGCAGCAGCCCGACGGAGGAGGCCGAGCCCUUGUGCAUUGUCAACGUCAGCCCAGUGGCGACCAUGCCAUACGGGGCUACCAAGCAGCGCGCCCAGACCACCACCCAGAGCCCCGAGGCGCACGUGGACGGGCCCGCCACUGCCGCCUCCUCGUCUUCCUCGCCAACCCCUUCCUCGCCAACCUGCAGUAAGCCCCCGAGCAGCCAAGCCCAUGCAAAUACCUCAGCCCAAAGUGGGAUUCUGCAGUACUUGAGUCUCCCCUUUUUCAAGGAGAUGAAUGUGGAUGGUGACUGGCCUCCAGAGGAAGAGGAGGAGGAGGAGGAAGAAGAAGAAGACGAGGAAGAGGAAGAAGAGCAACCUUCCAAACCAGCCCUCCAUGAGGCUCUGGGCAGCACUGAACUCACUGGGUUGGGGGAUGAGGACAGAACCGUGUGUCCAGCCUACAUGGACACGCAAGCCAAUCUAGACCCUGCUCAGGUACAGGCAUUGGCCAAAUCUCUCCUCAGGCUCCCUCACGCCAACACAGGCCCGGCUAAGGCUGCCUUUCCCGGGACCUCCGUUUGCCCGAGUUACCUCAGUUCCUUUUCAGAAAUGCGCUCACCCAAGGAACCAGGGCCUUGGUUGGAGGUGCUGUCAUCCCCCCAGCCCCCCAUGGACAGCAGGCAGGCAGAGCUUGCCUACACAGCCAUCCCCUCAGAGCCUCACUGGCUCCAUGCAGCGGAGGAGCCCCCAGAGUCUCUGCCCCCCGAGAGACACAAGUCGCCCGUCACCGUUCCCCCGGCAGGGCCACCCGCCGAGAAGCUGCCGAGGGGCAGCCUGACCAGCCAGAGCAGUGGCCGAGGAAGUGUGUCCUUCCUGAGACCUCCCUCGCUGGCGCCGUCGCUGGCAGGCAGCUACCUCAGUUCCCCCUUUGCAGAAAUGACCGGCUGGCAAAGCGGCUCUGCGGGAGAAGAAUGCAGGUUCAAAAAGGACCCUUCGGUGGUUGCCAUCAGUAAAAGGAGGAACACAUCUGUGGACGAGAACUACGAAUGGGACUCUGAGUUCGCCCUGGAGUCUGACCUGCUGGAUGCGCUGCAGCUUUAUCGGAGUGGGAACCCCAAAAGGCCGGUCUCCACCAUCGCGGCACAGGAGUUGGAGAAGCAGAGCUCGAAGACCUCCAGCGAAAGCAGCAGCUCACCCUCGAACUCCCAGUCAGUGGGUGCCUUAGAUGGGUCCAGCUCCCCGGUGCCCUUGCCCAGCCCUGAGGAGCGCUGUGCCGCCCUGCGCGAAGAAUUUAUGGCUUACCGCCGGCGCCGGGAGGCUACUCAGCAACGCCGCCAGAAGCUGGGCUCUGACCGGAAGCCGGGGGAUGAACGGUUCGAGCAGGCCACCUUGUUGUGAGGGGGCCCCAACAGCCUGAGCUGGCCACGUUGCCCACACACACACACACCCCAUGAGAGGGACGGUAUCUCCAUUUUGACCAUGCUCCUGUCGAGAGACAAUGGCCUCCAGAGCUAACCAAGGGAAUUGCGUCCUGCGUGGAACAGCUACUGGCUCCAAAGACAUGGAGGCUGACGUAGGAAGGGGAGGAACUCUGGAGCUUCUUAACCCUGCUGGGAGACGAUAUGUUAAAACUACUGGUGUUUUGAUUUAUUUUAAAGCUGAUGCUGGGGUGGGGUGGAAUUUGGGGGGGAGGUGCUGUUUUGUAAAACGGGACUUUGAAAAGAAAAAACGAAAUCGAACCGAGUCUGGUGUCGUGUUAGUUGUAGAAACUGGAACUGCGAAAAAUGCUAGGGCACAAGAUAAGCUUGACGAACCUCAUGGAGACAGGAAAAAAAUGGUGACUCAAGAGGUUAUGACAGGCAUCCCCAAACUUCGGCCCUCCAGAUGUUUUGGACUACAAUUCCCAUCUUCCCCAGACCACUGGUCCUGUUAGCUAGGGAUCAUGGGAGUUGUGGGCCAAAACAUCUGGGGGGCUGUAGUUUGGGGGUGCCUGGGUUAUGAGCACCUUCAGAAAAGGCCAAAGCACUGGGGGGGGGGCUUUUUAGCUUAGAGAAGAUGAUCCCUGAUGGAUCAGAUCAAGGGGGCCACUUAGUCCAGGAUCCUGUUCUCACAGAGGCCAACCACAUGACCAUGGGAAGCCUAAAAGCAGGGCCCUGAGCAGAACAGCAACACUUUCCCUAUGUUAACAUGGAGAAGUGGUUAGAGUUGCCUUCCUCAUCCCGGUGCCCUCUGGACAUUUGGGCUACAGCUCCCAUCAGUCCCAGAAAGGUAGAAUAGAGGUUUAUGAAAUUUCGAGGCAUGUGGGGAGGAGCGUUACCUGUUAUUGAUUCAACUGGCAGCAGAUUCAGGGCAGACACCUCCCCACAGAGACCCACGCAAACAGCACCCCAUAUUGUAUUGUCACUGGUUUGGAUGGCUUUUAAAAAGCAUUCUACAAGUUGAAAGGGGCCCAAAAUCAGCGUCCUGAGUUACAGGUCAUCAGCCUCAUUGCUCCUUCUGUUUCCGGUGCUCAGAGGUGAGUGUCAAACUGUUAUGUAGCCAAGACUGCACCAUCCAAGCACAGGAGGGUAAGCUGAAAGGAGCCCCAAGGUUGGCAGAAGUUCAAGAAAAAUUGGGGGGGUGGAAUCCCCAUGGAGCUUGGGCUGGAAGUCGCCAAAAAUAGCCCAACGAGGACUGAGCCUACUCAAUUGCCAUGGAAUGCUGUUAUGGGAAGGAACGGAAAACCAGGAUGUAGAGGAGGAAUGGAAUGGAGUAGCUUGGGGGGGGGGAGGCAUGGCUGGCUGCCUGGACCACUAAACUGCAGCAGUCCAUGCUGCAACAAUUUGUUGCGAGAUCCAGAAGUCCUCUUCUCCCCCACCAAUCCAUUACACUGCAUGUGAGGGUGCCCAGUUUAAGCUGGAGAGGAAAAAAAAUGUUUCCUUGACAUUCAAUAUGUGUAUCUUUGGAUCCAUUUCACCAGUGCGCUUGCAAGAGCCUGUAAAACAAAAACCCACAGAAAAGACUGCCCACCAUCUGGCUGGCCUGUUCUUACCUCCCCAUAGCCCCAUAAUCUGCUUUAACCUUGGAUAGGAUGGGAGCUCUCAACUGCUUCCUAUGCAAAGAAGCAGCAGGAGGACCCAUCCUCCAAGGCAGGCUGCCUGGUCUCUGCACAACUCACCUCUCCUUUCAUUCGGAGAGGAACACCUAGGAUGGCAAAGUGUAUGGAAGUGCAACAGGUAGGCCAGGUCCUUCUGAACCUUGGAUGUUCCAGAAAGGAAACUUCAUUGACAGUAGCAGCACUGCAUUCAGGCAGCAGUCUUAAUACAGUCAAUUUGGGUGGGGUGUAGGGAGGAGCCAGGGCUUUAAAAUAACCUCAAAGGGAUCCCAGUGAUAGUUGUUCAAAAACCACAAAAAAAGAAACCUGGAGCCAGUCCUGCGCAUUACCAUCUAGAAGCGCCUCUGUAGCCUUUGAGCAAACAGAUCAGAUGCAUGCUCACUGACCAGGUCUUCAGGAAGCGACUUUGAAUGUUGACGCCUGUCUCCAAAGCAGAGAACUGUGAUGCGCUGCCUAGGGUCGAGUUACAUCCGGUUUCUGAAGCUACCGGUACUUGGGAGUGUUGAACAAGCAAGGAAGAAAAGCAAGAAACAGAAACAAAACAAAAACGCUAGGAGGUCUUUCAGAAAAAUUUAACUAGUUGGUCUUUCAGAAAAAUUUAACUAGUUGGGCAGUCCAGAUCGCUUUGGUGAUUGCUCAUGGGCGGGAUGCAACACACACACAGAGACACACACACUAAGCACAGAGAGUGCCAAAAGGGCUGUCCUUCCUGGUGGGCCCUGCCCCAAUCGGAUUCUGCAUCCCGGUUCCCUGCGAUUACAGUUGUUGAGCUACUGUUCAGAGUGGCUUCCCCACAGACCAUCCAGGGUUAAAAAGGAGGUUGAUGACCCUGCGCUGAAAAAAUCCUCACCAGCUUCCUUUUUCCCCAAAUUUGGCCUUUCUCUUGCAAGUCACAUGGCCCCAAGGGGCUGAAUUCAAGGGAAGAGUCCCUGCAGGAACGCAGUUGGAGGGAAGGGCAACAGCAAGCACAGUGUCGUAAUGCAAGCAGGAAGGAGCAGGGAGACAGACGAUUGUGUACGCAGGGCGUUCUGCUUAUGAUGAACCAAGGGAGCAAGCCGGUGAAUUAUUCCAAGGCAGCUAGGGAUGGGCAAAUCUCUCCCAUUCUGGUUUCCUUUCCAUUUCUUCUUACAUUGUUAAUUCCAGUCCUCCACAUUUCUACAUCAGUUUGCAAAUUCUUUUUGAAUCCCCAUGAAAAUUUGUCAGCAUUGUGAUUGAUCUCUAAAAUGCACAUUUUGCGUGCAGUAUACACAUUUUAGCAAGCGAUCCUUGUGCAUUCACUGUGUUUUUGUGCACAUUUCAACCAGUACGUGCAUUUUUGCACCCAUUACUUGGUUGGAA